UCAUCAAUUCUGAAAGGACUGACAAAUUCAAGAAAUGGCAUCUGCUGGACUGCAAAUUGCCGGAGUGGUGAUGGUGGUGAUUGGAUGGUUCACUGGCAUUAUCACCUGUGUGCUACCCAUGUGGAGAGUAAGUGUUGACAAGACAGCUGUAACCAUUCAGACAGUCUGGGAAGGACUUUGGAUGAAAUGUGAGCAACAGAGCACAGGAGUCACAGUUUGCAAAAGAUAUGACUCUUUACUGACCAUGUCAACAGAAAUCCAGGCUGCCAGAGCACUGACGGUCAUUUCUAUUUUUUUGACUUUCUUAGGGAUCAUUAUCUGCCUUUUUGGUUUAAAAUGCACCAACUGCUAUAAAAACAUGGCUAUCAAAGCAUAUAUUGUGAUUGUUUCAGGUAUUAUCUUCAUUAUAUCUGGCAUUAUGGUAAUGAUUACAGUCUCCUGGACAAUUAAUGAUAUUGUGCAGGAGUUCCAUGAUUCAAAGCUGUCUCAAACUCCAAAAAUGGAACUUGGUGCCUCAUUAUACACUGGAUUGAUCUCUGCAAUAUGUCUUAUUUGUGGAGGGGCUUCCCUAUGCUGCACGUGCCCUCAACGUGAUUCAAGAAACGUCCAAACCUUUAAUAUGUCAGAGACUGCAGUAUCUAAUGAAAAUUAUCAAAAGGAAUAUGUGUAAAUGAAAAAAGAAGCAGAUCGCCUCUCCUCUCUGUAGUCUGUAACAAUAGCAAUUGGCUGAAGCUAUGGACAACUACAUCCCAAGUGAUCAGAACUUUGAAAAAUGCAUCAAUGAUUUCAACCCAGACUCUUACCACAGGUGUUACACAUGGAUGAGACCUGAGAAGAUGAAGGUACUUUUGAAAUCAUUGGGAUGAAUAUUGAAAAGCUACCCUGACCAUUGAAGCAGAUGCCACUAAAAUAAUAUAGAUGCACAAAAUCUGAGGUAUGAUUUAACACUCCAGACUGAUGAAUUCAUUGAAUUAUAAAUCUGAAUUAGACAUUCUAAACAGAAAAAAGAAGGAUGUCCUGCCAUCUGUCAGCUUAAGUAUACUGAUGCCCUGAGCAUCUGAAGGCCCAUCCACUGUACAGCUUUUGAUGGUCUCUCCAGAUUUCAUUAUCUCCCAGACUCUGUAUUAUACUUCCACAGAUUUCUUCAUCCAAUGACAACCUGUUCUACUUUGUGUUUGCUGGACUCUGUUUAAUUGGCAUGUGUUUAAGAAAUGGUAUUAAUAUUACUUCAGUUUACAAAGAUUUUUAUUUAUUUUCAUUUGUUACAGACUGAUAAAAAUUGAACAUGUAAGGUAUUUCAUGAUUCAUUGUGCUAUUU